AACCGUCCAUCGUGUUGACUAACCAGUGCCCUUGUACCAUGAGUCCACUUCGCGAGGAGCAAUCAAAAGGGAGGUGUAGAAUCCAACGGCCGCGUAAAACAGAGAUGAAGAGGGAAACCAACUCUUCAAAUUCCUAUGAAUAUUAGGGUUUUAUUUUUCACUUUUUUAAUUUAAAUUCUCGAAAAAUAAUUUCGAGCCCCGAAGCUUCUGUAAACGACAACCCUAAUUAUAUUUAACCGGGAAAGUUACUGACAAAAUAUUUUUCUAUUAAUUUUCUUGGUUUGUAAGUUUUGCCGGGAAAGCUCGGAGAGAAAGUUGCCUUGCAGAGAUGGUGAAGCGUGAAUUCGUCAGUAGCGGCAGCGGUGGAAGAGAUGAAAUUGAACGACCGCAAGCGGUGCCGGACCGGAGAGCUCUCCGAUCACGCUAUUUUAAUGUGAAGAGCAUUAUCCACGAUAAAAGAGAGGACAUUACGAAAGUGGAUUCGGAGAAGUUCAAUUUGAUCAUCAAUGAAGUGGAGAGCUUGCAUGAGCUUGUUCAAAAUCCGAGAGAACAAGUUGCUGACGCAGAAGCGCUUUUGGACAUUACAACCCACUUGAUGAGCUCCGUCAAGGCACAUAACAAGGAAGGAAUCACAACUACAGGUUUCGUCAAGUGUAUUCUCAAACAGUUCGAGAAACGAAGUCAAAGUGGAAGCAGCUCAGUCUCAUGGAAGGAUAUUGGAAGGGCAGUCUCGCAUGUUUACCAGAAACCUCCCCAAUGCUGCACUAUGAUUGGACCUAUGAGUCUUGAAGUAAAGCAACGGAAGAGUUAUGUUCGUGCAAAACGCGUGAAGCCUACAGAAAAUGAUACCCCUGAAGAGCUUCAUGAUGCUGUUGAAGAAGAGCAACCGGAGACUGUUAAAAAUGUGUCAGCUAUGUUCAAUAUCUUGAGGAAGAAGAGAAGAGUUAGGUUUGAAAAUCUAGUCUUGAAUGGGAAUUCUUUUGCGCAGACGGUGGAAAAUAUAUUUGCCCUCUCGUUUCUAGUUAAAGAUGGGCGGGCGGAACUAAAAUUGAAUGAGGAAGGCCAUCAUCUAGUUUUGCCAAGGAAUGCUCCUUCUGCUGAAAAAAUUGCUUCUGGGGAGGUUACUUACAGACACUUUGUCUUCCGAUUUGAUUUCCAGGACUGGAAGUUCAUGAAAGAGAUUGUUGGGGAUGGCGAGCAGCUGAUGCCACACAGGACCUAUGAAGUAAACAAAUCAAGUGAUCAUCAAGGCGAUUUGCAAUGCAAAGAAUCUCAAACAACGCCAAUUAGGAAGCUCUCCAGAAACAGAGGCUUGGUUAUGCAGGAGCAGCCAGUUGGGGAAGGCAUGGCUGAGCCUGAUACUAAUCAAUCGAUUGUGGAAGACUCGCCUGUGCGCGAUUACGCUCAAGAAAGCGCCAAUGCCAUCCGAAAAGGGAAGCGUAAAAUGAUGUGAAGCUGUAUCAAGGGAUGAAGAUCAUGAAGUAUACUUAUUUUGCUGACAAAUAGGAUUGUUGGUCUAUAAGUUUAAACCGGCUUGUAUAGGCAGAUGCAUUAGGACUAGGACUUCACCAUCAUCUCUUUGGUCCUUUUCUCUUUCACUUCCUUUAGUUUACGCUAUUAUGUAAAAGAAAAUUCACAAUAUUUUGGCCAA